AAAAACACAUACAUUCACACACACUCGCACAUUUGUUUUACAUUGUGUGUGUGAGUUUCACGAACUUUCCCCCUUUGUGACCAAUUGUUCUUUUUUUUACCUGUUUAGUUUUCUUCUUUUCUCUCACUGUUGCAGUCUUUAGUUAUUUUGUGUUAUUCGAAUAUGUUAAUUUUUGAACGGACACACGCGACACUAAUAUUUAAAAACACUUACUACUCAAAGAGAUAAAAAGUUGAAACUCACCCAUUUUUAGGAAACAAAAAAAAAAUUUUUUGAACAUAAUUUAUAUAAACGGGAUAAUAAACGAAAGUGUUGAAACAUUAAAAAUAAAGUAUGCUUAACUAAAAGUGCAAAGCGAUAACGAAUAUUUAAAAAGAAAAGUUUAGUGAUUUUUUUUUCGUUUGAAGAAAUGCAAAUAACAAACGUAAUAAUAGUAAUAAUAUAAUAUUAUCGAUAAUAAUUGCGAUUGCAACAAUAAAUAAAAAAAACAUUGAGAAAUUAGCCGGUAAAUAAAAGGCAGAUAGAUAACAUGUAGUGAAAACGAUUUAAAAAUCGAUCGGAAAGUAGUACGAUACAAGUUUUUUGCCUGAGAGGAGAAAAAUAAGAAGAUAAGAGAGCAACAGAAGCCAGAAAGAGAAAAAUCAAUCAAGCAUAUAUAAUAUAAGCAUCGAUCCCGACGAAGACGGGAACACAAAGCAAAAAAAAAAACACACACACUCAAACACACAUAGAGAGACAUCGUCUUUUAGUUAUUAGUUUUUUUCUCUAGCUGAUUACCGAAAUGUCAAGACAUUCAUAUACACAGAAUUACGGCGUGCCGUCGAACACACAUCCCCCGCAUGCCGGUGCUAAUAGUUCAAAUGUUAUCAAUCGACAAACAGCAAAUACAAAUAAAUACGACAAAGCGCCACCACAAACAAAUUCAAAUAAAUAUGAUCAACAAAAUCAACCCCAAAUCACACUAGCUAACGUUUCGUCACAGCAACAGCAACAACAACAGUUGCAACAGCAGAAAAAUAAAUUAGUUAGUUCGGAUUACACGAUACAAGCUCCGCCAGGGUCGCAUCAACAGCAUGUAACAAUACCUCAUAGUAAUUUUCGUUUGCCUCAUGCCAAUAAUAACUAUCAUGUGACGCAGCCGAGUGUGAACUAUUCACAAAGUGUGCCACCGCAACCACCCACUGCACAUUCAACUUCGGAUCGACAAUCUGUUUGUCAAAUAGGGCAACAGCAGCAAAAUCAGCAGACAUCGCAACAGAGUCAAGAUCACAAAAUGCAGCCACAACAGCAACCCUCCCAACAACAAUUCCACUCGAGCCACCCUUACCAAAUGGUACGGGGCCAAGGGCAACGUAUACCAACACAACCAACGCGAAUGAACAACAUGGUUGUGAAUCGUCAACAGCAACAAAACCAGCAAAUGGCUCAAACUCAUCAAACUGCCGUACCUUCUCAACAAGGGUUUAUUUAUUUGACACACCCGCAAGUAUUUACCGCAUACGGCCAAAAUAAUCCAAAUUUCUUGCAACAUAAGAAUACGGGCGUUCCACAGAGCUAUUAUCAUCAGCAAUAUUAUAUGCAAACCUUGCAACCACAGAUUUCACGAGGGACUGGCGCCACGAAUCCUCAACACAUGCCUUCAAUGAAUGCUGGUGUUGCUGCUGGAGGGAGUUCACAAAUUCCAUCACACCAGCAAGCUCCACAUCAAUUAGGUCAACUUCAUUUAGCACAAGGCGUUACCUCAUACGUACCAACGUUACAGCCACGUUCACAACCGGCGAGUGAAACUACUCAAGUGCAGAAGCGAGCUUCAAAACGUAUUCCAAUCAUAAAUCCGACUACAAAUGAAGAAGUAGUACCAGAGAGUAAAGUUUCCACGCAACAUAGCUCCGGUUCAGCGGCAUUAAAAAUCGAAGCACCAACUUCACAAAUUCCGAAUCAAUCACAACAACAGAGCCAGAAAUCGUCAAAUGAACCUGCAUGUGAUACAACAAAUGAACCGGAACAAUCAACAAGUGAUCAUUCAAGUGUUGAGGUUCCAAUGGAAACGAGUAGUACAGAAGAACCGCCACAUACACCAGUUGUUUCAGCUAUUGCUGACGGUCCGUCGGUUGAUAUAAUGCCAAAACAGUCGAAAAAUGUCAAACGAAGUAACAAGUCAUCUGAAUGGCAGACGCCAUCAGCCGAGAAAACGAAUACAGAUAGCUCUACGUGUGAUAAUUACUCAAAAGUUGCAUCGUUAGGCAAUUCAUCAAGUUCCACAAAUAAUGAAUGGGUGAAAAAUAACCAGGCCGCACCAAAGGUGUCAAUUGAAAGUGAACACAAAGAUUCACAACAAAAACAUAAUCCGAAAUCGAAACAUUCGGCUGCCAACCAUAAUAUUGCUCCAUCGUCAAAUAAAGGUAAAGCUGCUGCCCAAACGACAGACGCUCCAACAAAUAUGGUGGCGAAUGUACAACAGCCAGCACCAGCUAAAGAACAACCACAAAGUGAACCCAAACCAGUUGUACCGGUAACCGUACAACAAGAACAAACAAAAGUGGAGAACACAAACAGCGCUCGAAGUAACGAGAAAACAAAACAGCCUCCACAACAAGCGAAUAAAGCGCAUUCGGAAGAAAGUGUAACAAAAAGCAAUAAGGAAAAAGUCACCGAAAGCACUAUGAGCAAUAGUAGCAGUGUGAACGUACCAACAGAAGUUGCCGAUGUAGAAAAUACAACAAAGACAAAGAUCACGACCAAUACAUCAAUUGAUGAGACUGAUAAAUUAAUCAAUUCCCUCGAUUCGAUGUCCAUAAGUAAUAAAGAAACGAACGCAGAAAAAAAUGAUAAAUUAGAUGCUAAAUCGGUAGAAUUCAAUAAUAAUAGUCAAAAAGCGGUCACUCCAAAAACUGAAGCGCCGACGAAAGUUGUUGAACCGGCCAAAAUAGCGGAAACAAUUGCGCAAACUGUUGUUGAACAGCCGCAACCACAACAACAGCCACAACAACAUCAACAACAACAAAAAUCUUCAAAUAAUAAACAAGUAACCGCCACGCCUAAAACUGAUUCGCAGACUGAUCUUCGAAGUUCAGAGAAUGAUUUAAGAGCUUCCGAUAAAUUGGAAACAACCAGCAACAUGCCAGCCUCCGUAACCAAUAAUGAUGGCUUAGUCGAAACAAUAAUCAAUAAUAAUUUAACCAAUACCAUUAGCGCAAACAAUAAUAAUAACCAAUUGAAUAAUGCUGUUGACAAAGAUUCCGACAAUAAUGUCGUGAACAGUGAGAUGGAAAAGACAGUGUCAUCGGAACCACAAGAAGUAACUGCAGUCGAACCACCAUCACAAUCGACCGCAACCGUUACAGUUCGACCGCAACAACCGGCUGCUGGUGCACCACAACCACCAACGGUACCAGCGGUACCGAAGCCAAAAUUGUUGCUUAAUUACGAAGAAGGUCAAUGGUCACCGGACAAUACCGAUGGUAAAAAGUGCUAUAAUCGCCAGCAAAUAAUGUCAUUGCGUGAUGCGGAUGCAUCACAAACAUUACCACAAAUUCAAGAUAGUUUCUCGCUCAUCCGCAAAAAUUCCCCAUCAAAUGGUAACAAUAACAAUAAGAAUCAAUCGUCUUCAAAUAGUCGCAAUCAAUAUGGUAAACGGCCGUCAACGCAAGGCGGUGCCGGUGGCAAUCAACAAAUGUCACAAGGUGGUGGUAAAGGUAGUAAAUCUGGUAUGAUUCAUGUUAGUUUAUCGUUGCGCGAAGAUGUUAAAUUAAAUGAAUCGGCCACACCAUGGAAACCAUCAUUUAUUGGAACAAAAGACCCAGCGGCCAGCAGUCCAGUUGAUCCAAAUAAUAUUGAGGUAUUGUGCAAACGUGUGCGCGGUAUUUUAAAUAAAUUAACACCGGAAAAAUUCGAACCAUUGCUUGAACAAUUGCAAGCAUUAAAUCUUGAUACCAACGAAAAAUUGUCGAGUGUCAUUUCGCUGGUAUUCGAAAAGGCCAUCGAUGAGCCAAACUUUUCACAAGCAUAUGCACAAUUGUGUCUAAAAUUAUCGAAACCAAUGGAAGAUAAAGAGCGCGAAGAAAAUGAACAAAAAUCGGGCGAUAAGAGCAAUAAAGACACGAAAACGGCUGUGUUCAAAAAGGAAUUGCUGAAUAAAUGUCAAACGGAGUUCAACACUCAUGUGGCAAAUGAAAAUGCGAUACGUGAAAAACUAAAACCAAUUCAGACUGAACUCAACGAAACGACCGAUCAAAAUCGAAAAAUGGAAUUGACUAUGAUAUUGGAAGAGGAAGAGCGUAAACUUCGUCGGCGUUCGGUUGGUACGGUACGUUUUAUUGGUGAAUUAUAUCGACAAAAUAUGUUGCUUACCAGCAUCAUGGAAUGGUGUGUCAUGAUUUUGUUGAACAUUUGUACCGAAGAAAAACUUGAAUGCUUGUGCAAAUUAUUGACAACCGUUGGACAAAAAAUGGAAUUCAAAAGUGGUGAUGAAGAUUUUGAUAAAAAAUAUUAUCGAGAUCUAACGCCACACUUCCAAAAAAUGCAACAAAUUGCAUCGGAUAAAAAACAAUCGAAAAUUAGCAGCCGCGUUCGUUUCAUGUUAAUGGAUGUGAUUGAAUUGCGAAAAAAUAAAUGGGUGCCACGUCGUUCCGACUCAAAUCCAAAGAAAAUGGAUCAAAUCCAAAAGGAAGUGAGGGAGGAGCAAUACAUUAAGCAAAUUCAAAUGCUUGCCUCCACAAUGCCAAGCUCCGGAAUGGGCAACAAUAAUAUGCGAAAAGACAACCGAGAUCGCAACGAUCGAGGUAGCAUGCCACGUGGUGGUAGUAUGUCAGGUAGUGGCUAUAAUAACAACAACAAAUUAAGUCGAGGCAAUUACCAAGAUAACGACGGAUGGAUUCAACAGGUUGGCAAUAAAAAUCGUGGUGGCAACAAUAGCACAUCAUUUGAUCCAACGAAAUUCAGGGCUACAUCUAAAAUAGAAGAUAUUACAACUACAUCAUUGGGUACACCAAAGCAAUUCCAAUGGAAAUUAAAUGCUGCACCAACGGCAACAACAAGCCUAACAAAUAGUUUUUCAGCGCUUGAAUCAGAUUACAAACCAAUGUCCGGUAAUCGUUCAAAGGAGCCAUACCAUUCAAAGGGAUCAAUGGAACGUGAACGAGAUGGUCCACACUCAAGAAGUGGUUCACAACAUGGUUCACGUGAUAAUUCGGCAGCUAGAAAUUCAUAUUCCUCACGUAGUUUACAAAUGCGUCCACCACAGAUGCAAUACAAUACAUUGCCAUUGAAUUCAAAUUCGUCAUCGUCGUCAUCGCAAAGGGGUAUUCGUAGUGAUAAUAAAUUGAACAACCAAUCGUUAUCAUCAUCAACAACAUCGUUAUCAACAAGCAAUUUACCGUCAUCAUCAUCGCUAACGCCGUCAUCUUCCGAUCCGAAAUUAUCCGAAGACAUUAGUGAACAAACCGAAAAAUUGAUAAGUUCGACACUGAAAAAUCUGCUGAAUAAAGUUGAAAAGAAUGAAAUCAUCGGCUAUAACGAUUUAGACGAAGCCCCACAAUUAGAUAAAAUUAAUAAAAAUCAUCGAUGGGCACUCGUACGCGAUUUACACAAUCGUGCUGUUGAUAUAUCCGGUUUGACGGAAGAGAAACGCUGUUUUAUUGGCACCAUUUGUACCUAUUGGCUUAACAAUAACCAAAUUACUAAACAAGAUUAUGUUAAAGGUUUGUUAGAGUACAUAAAUUUAUUGGCCGACAUUGUUAUGGACGUGCCGAAAAUUUAUGAAUGGACGGCUCAGAUGAUAUCGGUCGCAUUCUUCAGCAAUAUUAUCACAUUGAAUGACUUGAAAAACACGGCAGAAGAAUCACGUGCUAAGAUUUUGGCAAGCUUAUUGCCAUUCAUGGCAUACGAAUAUGGCCCACAAUACUUACGUGAUUUGUGGAAACGGUCAGACUGUAAAUGGGAACAGUUUGUUGCAGAUGGCAGUGACAUCGCUAAUUUUGUGGAACAAAAUAAAUUGAAAUUUGUAGUUGAUCCAAAAGAAUCGCUGCCACCAGCUAGUACCAAAAUACCAAAUGACCGGUUUAGACAAAGAAUCUAUCAAUUGGUUCGCAAAGACAGUUUUACAGAAAAAGAAGUUGCUGAAUAUAUUAAGAUUCAUGUGCCUACAAUUAAUAAACAAAGUAUACGUUUAUUAACAAAAACGUUGAUUGAAGCCGCGCUAAGUAAAACGAAAGCCGGCUAUUCACUGGAUGAUAAAUAUCUCCCAAAUAGUAUAGACAUUUUGAAAGGUUAUAUUGGUGAGAAGCAGGACUUACAGUUGGAAUCCUUGUACGCCAUUCAAUUGCUGAGCAAUGAAUUGGAACAUCCAUCAGGUUUCUUGCAUAAAGUGUUUUCCAAAUUAUAUGAUGAUGAGGUUGUUCCUGCGAGCGUUUUUAAACAAUGGGAGACAUCAACUAGCGAACCAUUGGGCAAAGGAGUUGCAGUUAAAAAUUUAACACAGUUCCUUAAGUUUGUUGAUGAAGAUUCGUACGAUUCAGACGAAGGAGAUGCUAAAUAAAUUCACUGGUUAAAUAAAUAAAAAGUAGGAAAAAAGUGAAAAAAAAAUUUGAAGAAAAAAAAUACACAGAGAAAAAAGUUGUAAUAAAUAAACUUCUAAUUAUAUGCAUAUAAAAUUAGAUAUUUUUGAAAGUAAUCUUUAAAAAUUAAAUCUGAAGAAAAUAAAAAAAAAUAAACCGAGCAGACGCAACACUUACGCUGACUUGAAAGAAAAAAUACAAAAAAAAGAAAAGAAGAGUAAAAAAUAGAACAACACAAGUCUUUAAAAAAAAACAGAACAUAUUUAUAUAUACAUCAAAACAGGGUGUCUGAGAUGUAAUCGGUCGAAGCUUGUGGGCUGACAAACCGAACUCGCCUUUUGUCGGGCCGGUCAAAAAAAAAAUCUGUUCGCGCUAUCCGUCUCGAUGUUUGACGAGCGAUGGUGGUGUUAGCCAACAGGAUUUGACGGGUGAUAUGCCCGAUAACUUGUGCUUAAGAAAGAAUAAAAUUGAAUUCUUUUGUAAAGGAAUGCAAAUAUUAAGUUAUACUGUAUCUUUUAGAUUAAACAAAUAAAUUAAUGGAAAAAUAAAUGAGAGAAAAAAAAAACAAACCCA